AUGGUGGGGUCCGUUCCAGCAUCCCUGGGUAACCUCACUUCCCUUCAGGAGAUCUCAUUCCAGCCCAUCAGCGACACGGUGGGGCCUAAGUGCGGCAAGGGGGGAGCAUGCGUGGUGAAUCAGACAGCACAGUCCGCCUUCUGCAACUCCUGCCUUGACUUCUGCAUCUCCUGCUCUCCGCCGGGCCUAUGUGCUGGCUGCAAAGUGUCUCCACCCCCGCCACCUCCAGCGAGCAGCGGCAGCAGCAACAGCAGCAGCAGCGGCAGCAGCAGCAGCGGCGGCAGCAGCGACAGCGGAGGCGGCUUAUCAACGGGGGCAAUUAUAGGCAUUGUGUGUGGGGUGGUGGUGCUGCUGCUCGCACUGCUGCUCGCCGUCCUCUUCAAUCUCUACUGGAGGAGCAAGGCCUCCCGCUUCGGUGCACUGGCGGCGGGCGUGUGUGUGGAGUUCACAAUGAGGGAGAUGCAGCAGGCCACCAACAACUGCUUUGCUUGCGAUGCUUUCAUGUCCCUCGUGUCUCAUGCUUAA